AAACCAUAGAGUUUUUUUUUUUCUCUCCAAGGCAGAGAGGGGGAGAUACUGUGCCGGGGAUGCGGACAGCAGCACAUAAUAUACGCCUUCAGCACACACAGGAGGAGAGCAUUACAGCUGCUGCUGAGUCCGGAAUAGGGAGGCAGUGGUCCCAUGUAUCUGGCUUCUGGAGGGGACUGUUAGCACUGGCUCUGGGGCAGCUGAUCAGCCUUCCUAUCAGGACCUACUGAGACAGUGGGAAAGUUAAUGAGCAACCUAAAGUCUGUGGUACUGCAACAACUUCUGCCAGUGCUGCAGAGGUGAGGCAGUGCGCGAUCUCAGGGAGAAGAUGACUUACUGCACACAGCUAGGGCUACUGCUCUGGAAGAACUUCACCUACCGACGGAGAAACACUCUGCAGCUGGUGGUUGAAGUAGCUUGGCCUCUCUUCAUCUUCUUCAUUCUGAUCUCUGUACGACUCUCCUAUCCUCCUCACGAACAACAUGAAUGUCAUUUUCCAAACAAGGCAAUGCCAUCUGCUGGGACAUUGCCAUGGGUGCAGGGGAUUAUCUGCAAUGCCAAUAACCCGUGUUUCCGAUAUCCGACACCAGGCGAGUCCCCGGGAGUAGUGGGCAAUUUCAAUAGAUCUAUAGUUUCUCGCUUGUUCUCCGAUGCAAAGAAGUUGCUGCUAUACAGUCACAAAGACACCAGUGGGAAGGACUUGCACAAGUUUCUGGAGAGGUUGCACAGAUUCCGGGGCACAGGUAUGAAACUUCGAGAGUGUUUAAUGGAUAAUGAGAAGUUCACAACAUUUCUUCAACAAAACAUAAGCAUGCCUCCCAUUGUAGUAGAGGAGAUAUUGAAUGCUGACCUCAAACUGGAACAGGUCCUGAUAUCUGGAUUUCAAAUCCGCCUAAAGGAUCUGUGUAAUAGCUCCAGGCUGGCGGAGUAUGUGACCAUACACAAUGAAGAAGUUGCCAAAUUCAGCCAAGCAGCAAUAUGUGCUCUUCCAGAAGACAAACUCAACCUGUUGGAGCACCAGUUCCGUUCCAAUAUUGACUUAUUGAAGCCCAUCACGAAAGAGAUGUCAUCAAAGUCGUUCCCUGUGCUGAGAGAGGUCACUGAAAACUUGCUGCAUAGCCUGGGUCAGCUUGCCAAAGAGGUUGUCGCUAUGAAGAGUUGGGCAGACAUGAGGCAGGAAGUUAUGUUCCUGACCAGUGUAAACUCCACAGCUUCACCGACCUCUUUAUACCAAGCAGUGUCGCGCAUUGUGUGCGGUCAUCCCGAGGGAGGAGGGCUGAAGAUCAAGUCCCUCAACUGGUAUGAAGAUAACAACUACAAGGCACUGUUUGGAGGAGGAGAGGGAGGUGACAAUGGCACAGAGGAAGAGUCAUCGUCGCUCUAUGACAAUUCCACAACACCAUAUUGCAAUGAUCUAAUGAUGACGCUGGACUCCAGCCCUCUGUACAGGAUGAUAUGGAGGGCACUGAAGCCUUUGCUGGUUGGCAAAAUCCUAUAUACGCCAAGCACUCCAGCCACGCGCUUGUUAAUGUCUGAGGUCAACAAAACGUUCCAGGAGUUAGGUGUGUUCCGAGAUCUUGGAGCAAUGUGGGAAGAAGUUCGGCCACAGUUCAAAACCUUCCUAGAAAGCAGCAAAGAGAUGGACCUUGUCAGGACUUUACUGACCAAUAAAGGCAGCAAACACUUCCUAGAUCGCCAGCUGAACUCAACAGGUUGGUCAUCAGAAGACAUUUCAAGAUUCCUGGCCAAAGAACCAAAAGAAGGACAUGCUGAGAGUGGAACAGUUUACACAUGGAGAGAAGCCCUUAAUGAGACUGAUCGUGUUGUACUGACCAUGUCACGCUUCAUGGAGUGUGUCAAUCUGGACAAGCUAGAACCAGUGGAUACAGAAGAAAGUCUUAUAGGCAAGUCUAUGGAGCUGCUGAAUGAGAGGAAGUUCUGGGCAGGUGUAGUCUUUAUGGACUUGCCGGAUAAUGACACCAUACUUCCUCAACACAUCAAGUAUAAGAUCCGAAUGGACAUAGAUAAUGUGGAAAGAACCAACAAGAUUAAGGAUGGUUACUGGGAUCCCGGUCCUCGUGCUGACCCAUUUGAAGACAUGCGGUACAUAUGGGGAGGCUUUGCUUACCUGCAGGAUGUAAUUGAGCAGGGGAUCAUUAGAAUACAGACUGGCACUGAGAAGAGGACAGGAGUCUAUGUCCAGCAGAUGCCUUACCCUUGUUAUGUAGAUGACAUAUUUCUACGAGUCAUGAGCCGAUCCCUACCCUUGUUCAUGACUUUAGCGUGGAUCUAUUCUGUCGCUAUAAUCAUCAAGGGAAUUGUAUAUGAGAAAGAGGCUCGUCUGAAGGAGACCAUGCGAAUCAUGGGUCUGGACAAUGGAAUUCUGUGGCUGAGCUGGUUUAUCAGUAGUCUCAUUCCACUUCUUAUGAGUGCCGCCCUAUUGGUGCUCAUUCUGAAGACUGGAAACCUACUGCCAUAUAGUGAUCCAAGUGUGGUCUUUGUCUUCUUAUCUGUCUUUGGAGUGACGACCAUCUCACAGUGCUUUCUGAUAAGCACCAUUUUCUCUAGAGCUAACCUAGCAGCAGCCUGUGGUGGCAUCAUCUACUUUACACUUUACCUGCCCUACGUACUUUGUGUUGCCUGGCAAGACUACGUGGGGUACACUCUCAAGAUUUUUGCUAGCUUCUUGUCUCCUGUUGCUUUCGGGUUUGGAUGUGAAGUUUUUGCCCUUUUUGAGGAGCAAGGGGUGGGAGUGCAGUGGAGCAACCUACUAGACAGUCCUCUCCAAGAGGAGGGCUACACUCUUACUACCUCUGGCUUCAUGAUGCUGUUUGAUACUCUUUUGUAUGGAGUGAUGACUUGGUACAUUGAAGCUGUCUUUCCAGGUGAGUUUGGAAUUCCCAGACCCUGGUAUUUCCCAUUUACAAAAUCAUAUUGGUGUGGAGAGGAACCAAAGAUGGAUGCUCAUCCCCGUUCCUUGCAAAAGAGUUCAUCUGAAGUCUGCAUGGAAGAGGAACCCGCACAUCUUCCAUUAGGGGUUUCCAUCCAGAACCUGGUGAAGAUUUACCGUAAUGGCAAGAAAGUGGCAGUAGAUGGCCUAUCGCUGAGCUUCUAUGAAGGACAGAUCACCUCUUUCUUGGGACACAAUGGAGCUGGAAAAACGACAACCAUGUCCAUAUUAACUGGCUUGUUCCCACCAACUUCCGGCACGGCCUAUAUAAUGGGAAAAGAUAUCCGCUCUGAACUCAGCUCUAUCAGGCAGAAUCUGGGAGUUUGUCCUCAGCAUAACGUCCUCUUUGAUAUGCUCACUGUUGAAGAGCACAUCUGGUUUUAUGCAAGACUGAAAGGACUGUCAGAAGAGAAGGUAAAAGCAGAGAUGGAACAGAUGGUAAUCGAUGUCGGUCUUCCCAACAAGAAAAAAGCCAAGACAAGUCAGCUGUCAGGUGGUAUGCAGAGAAAGCUCUCUGUGGCCUUGGCAUUUGUAGGUGGGUCAAAGGUUAUCAUUCUUGAUGAACCCACAGCUGGAGUGGACCCAUACUCUCGUAGAGGCAUUUGGGACCUGUUACUCAAAUACAGACAAGGACGGACCAUAAUCCUCUCCACACAUCAUAUGGACGAGGCGGACAUCCUUGGAGAUCGCAUUGCUAUUAUCUCUCAUGGCAAAUUGUGCUGUGUGGGCUCUUCUCUUUUCUUGAAGAACCAGUUGGGGACUGGCUAUUACCUAACUUUAGUAAAGAGAGAUACAGACUCUUCCCUUAGCUCCUGCAGGAACAGCAGCAGUACAAUGUCUUACCUGAAAAAGGAAGGUGAAAGGCCAGCUCCUACUUGCAAACAGAAUCAGAGACUGAUGCUGGCAGCGCCAUUAGGAGCGGGGACCACAGAAGCGGUGAUUACUACACAUAGUAAACAUACUGUGAACCGGAGAAGAGAAGCCACAAGUAGGGAGGAUAGUGUGUCUCAGAGCAGCUCUGAUGCCGGACUUGGCAGUGACCAUGAAAGUGAUACCCUGACCAUAGAUGUCUCAGCCAUUUCAAACCUCAUCAAUAAACACGUGCCUGAGGCCCGGCUGGUAGAGGACAUCGGACAUGAGCUGACAUAUGUGUUACCCUAUGAGGCUGCUAAGGAAGGGGCUUUUGUGGAGCUCUUCCAUGAAAUAGAUGAUCGAUUAUUUGACCUUGGCAUCUCCAGCUAUGGAAUCUCAGACACCACUUUGGAAGAGAUCUUCCUGAAAGUGGCUCACGAUACUGGUGUUGACGCAGAAACCUCAGAUGGAACACUGCCUGCUGCUAGGAGGAAGAGAUAUGCAUUUGGAGACCACCAGAGCUGCCUGAAACCUUACACAGAAGAUGACAACUUUGAGACUAAUGACUUUGACACGGAUCCAGAGUCGCGGGAGACAGACUUUCUCAGUGGUAUAGACGGCAAGGGCUCCUACCAGGUGAAGAGCUGGAGUUUGAUGCGACAACAGUUUACCACCUUACUUUGGAAGAGGCUGCUGUACGCCAAGCGCAGCAGAAAGGGAUUCUUUGCACAAAUUGUGCUUCCAGCUGUCUUUGUACUCAUUGCAUUGAUGUUUAGCCUUAUUGUGCCACCUUUCGGUAAAUACCCCAGCCUUGAACUUCAGCCAUGGAUGUAUGAUGAACAGUAUACCUUUUUUAGCAAUGAUGCCCCAGAGGAUGCUCGUACUGAAGCUCUCUUAAAAGCAUUGAUUCAGAAGCCUGGCUUUGGAACUGCGUGCAUGGAUGGAUAUACUGUUCUGGGUGUUCCUUGCUCCGGUGAAGAUCAUGAAUGGAGAACUCAGUUUGUAUCACAGGCCAUAGAAGAUAUGUUUCUUAAUGGUAAUUGGUCAAUGGAAAAUCCUUCUCCAGCUUGUGAAUGCAGCAAUGAGAAUGUAAAGAAGAUGCUACCAGUCUGCCCGCCUGGCGCUGGUGGUAUGCCACCGUUUCAGAAGAAGCAAAACACUUCGGAUAUCUUGCAGGACCUAACAGGCCGGAAUAUAUCUGAUUAUUUGGUAAAGACGUAUGCCCAGAUUAUUGGAAAAAGCUUAAAGAACAAGAUCUGGGUGAAUGAGUUUAGGUAUGGCGGUUUCUCCUUGGGCGCAAGCAAUUCCCCAGCACUACCGCCAAGUGAAGAAGUAGUGGCUUCCAUUAAACACAUCAAGAGACGCCUGGACCUAGCACAGAAUGGAGCUGCCAAUCGGUUUCUUGACAGCUUCGGGACUUUUAUGAAAGGACUAGAUGCAAAAGAUAAUGUGAAGGUCUGGUUCAAUAACAAAGGCUGGCAUGCUGUUGGUGCCUUCCUGAAUGUGAUGAACAAUGCCAUCCUGCGCUCCAAACUUCCUGAGGGAGAGGACCCUACCAAAUACGGGAUCACCGCUUUCAAUCACCCCCUGAAUCUCACUAAAGAGCAGCUAUCUGAGGUGGCACUGAUGACCACAUCAGUGGAUGUCUUGGUUUCCAUCUGUGUCAUAUUUGCCAUGUCAUUUGUGCCAGCCAGUUUUGUGGUUUUCCUGAUCCAGGAGAGAGUUAGCAAGGCCAAACACAUGCAAUGUAUCAGUGGAGUAAAGCCCGUCAUCUACUGGUUGGCCAACUUUGUGUGGGAUAUGUGCAACUACAUAGUACCAGCUACUUUGGUCAUUAUAAUAUUCGUCUGUUUCCAGCAAGAUUCCUAUGUAUCUUCUUCUAAUUUACCAGUCUUGGCACUUCUGCUCUUGCUAUAUGGAUGGUCCAUAACCCCUCUGAUGUACCCAGCUUCUUUUUUGUUUAAGAUCCCCAGCACAGCCUAUGUGGUAUUAACUAGCGUCAACUUAUUCAUUGGGAUCAAUGGCAGCGUGGCCACAUUUGUACUUGAGCUCUUUACAAACAAUAAACUGAACAACAUCAAUGAUAUUUUGAAGUCAGUGCUGCUGAUCUUCCCUCAUUUCUGCCUGGGAAGAGGCCUCAUUGACAUGGUGAAGAAUCAGGCUAUGGCAGAUGCUCUAGAGCGAUUUGGAGAAAACCGAUUUGUCUCCCCAAUGUCUUGGGAUCUGGUUGGGAGAAACCUCUUUGCCAUGGCAGUGGAGGGUGUAGUUUUCUUUGUCAUUACUCUGCUAAUUCAGUAUCGUUUUUUCAUUAAACCAAGGCCAGUCACUGCAAAGCUUCCCCCAGUAAUUGACGAGGAUGAAGACGUGGCAAGGGAGCGUCAGAGGAUAAUGAAUGAGGGGGGUCGGAGUGACAUCUUGGAAAUCAAAGGACUGACUAAGAUCUACAGAAUGAAAAGAAAGCCAGCUGUUGAUAGACUGUGUGUGGGAAUACCCCCAGGAGAGUGCUUUGGCCUGCUUGGGGUUAAUGGUGCUGGGAAGACCACUACAUUCAAGAUGCUGACUGGAGAUACUGAUGUGACUGGUGGGGAAGCCUUCCUGAAGGGACACAGUAUCCUGUCUAAUAUGCAAGAAGUCCACCAGAACAUGGGUUACUGCCCACAGUUUGAUGCCAUUAAUGAGCUGCUGACAGGCCGGGAGCACCUGGAGCUAUAUGCACUGUUGCGUGGUGUGCCGGAAAAGGAGGUUUGCAAGGUUGCUGAAUGGGCAGUGCGCAAACUGGGGCUGGUGAAGUACUCAGAGAGAUGUGCGGGAAGCUACAGUGGGGGAAACAAGCGCAAAUUGUCUACAGCUAUUGCCCUAAUUGCGGGACCUCCAGUGGUGUUUCUGGAUGAACCAACUACUGGAAUGGAUCCUAAGGCAAGGCGCUUCUUAUGGAACUGCGCCCUCAGUAUCAUUAAGGAAGGAAGAUCAGUUGUACUGACAUCACACAGUAUGGAAGAGUGUGAAGCUCUGUGCACAAGAAUGGCCAUAAUGGUUAAUGGAAGGUUCCGGUGCCUGGGAAGUGUACAGCAUCUCAAGAACAAGUUUGGAGAUGGGUAUACAAUUGUAGUACGGAUAUCAGGAUCUAACCCAGACUUAAAACCUGUAGAAGACUUCUUCAGCCACGCUUUCCCAGGGAGCGUAUUGAAAGAUAAACAUCGAGGUAUGCUGCAGUACCAGCUGCGCUCCUCGCAAUCUUCUUUGGCCAGGAUCUUCAGCAUCCUCUCCAAGAACAAGAAAAGACUUCACAUUGAAGAUUAUUCAGUCUCUCAGACCACUCUUGACCAAGUGUUUGUUAACUUUGCCAAGGACCAAAGUGAUGACGAUCUUUUGAAGGAUUUGUCGUUGCACAAAAACCAGACUGUAGUAGAUAUGUCUCAAUUGACAUCUUUUCUUCAGGACGAAAAGGUGAAAGAAAGCUGCGUGUGACAAGCCAACCUGGAGAAGCACAGAGGAGUUUUGUGAAACACCUCCCUUGGCUGCAGAUGGGACGUGAAUGCCAGGAAGUCAGGUCACUAGGACCCAAGUAGGGAGGCAUCGUAUACUGGACAGCUAGAGCUUACCACUCAAUGCAAUGCAAAUCAAUGCAAUGACAGACACAAUUCCAUAAAAGAGGCCGUGCCUCUCGUGUUGCCUUGUUGUACUGUACGCAAGUAGAAGACUUGAACCUAGAAGCCAACAGUAUGACAAUGUGUAGUGUUGCACCCACUGGAUCCUGCCCAAAAGUGGGUUUAAGACAAUGGCUGUUAUGUACAUGUUUUUAUAUUGUUUAUUGUAUUCUCUUCCAGGAUCACCACAAUCUUACCACUGACAAAUCAUGACUAGUGACUAUUUAUUAAUGUUUAGGGCUUCUACAUGUAUGUCAGGUGAUUUAAACGUGGUUUGCCCAGAAGGACUAGCUUUAAUACCUUGUAAUAUUUCUAUGCGGUGCAGGUUAUAUUGUCAUCGCUAAUGAGGCAACCAUAUGGGCUUUACUGCUCAGUCUGCCAUUUUGUAGUGGUUCCUACAGUACUUGUGUUGCCAACAGCAGAAAUAAGAAAAUGGGACAUUUACAGCAAGUGUAAAAUUGAUAGACAGACUACACCUGGCAUUUGUAAUUCUAUCUCAAAUAAAUGGUUUAGAGAUUUAUUUUUUCACACUAUUAGAAAGAAUGGCAGGCCCCAGAUUAUCAUGUGCAGAUGCAAAGUACAAUAUACUAUUUUGUUUGAAAUGUUGCUACUUCUAACUGUCCGUGUUCCUAAAGCUGCUUUGGUAGCAUUGUUACAGCUGUCCUGUGGUAUUAUUUUUUGCAUUUUUUCUACGGUCUUUAGUACUAGUUGGGUUAUGGAACCUCAAGUAACAUCUUUGUUCCCUUUGUCUUGUUUUAAUCAAAUUGCAAAGCAGAUACUUCGGUUUCAGGCUACUUCUUCUUGUGAGGUAGAGUUUAUAAAAUGUACAAAUCCAAAUGUGCUCCAAGGAUAAUGGAACUGUAGAGUGCAUGUUAUGUAACAGGCCAAAGCAUUUAAUCUGAAGCCGAUAGAGAGGCUUAGGUAUGAAUGCUGUAUGGAAGGCGAUUUGUAGAUGGAUUUCUAUAAAUACACAUCUCAGUGAAAAGUCACAUUUUCUAUAAGGAUUUUUUCCUCUGUAUGCCCUUCUUAUCUUUGUUAUUUUGGUUAAGUUUGCUAUAAUAUGCUACUGUGAAAUAGUCACCUACAUGCAUUAGCUCUGUACUGGGUCAUAUUUCUUAGUAUUACCGUAGCAGUAAAGUUAGAAGCACAAGUAUUUUAUUCCAGGAUUUAAAAUACAAAUGUACCAUCAAGAUGCUAUAUAGACGCUGCAGGUAGACAGCUGGGAUGCCUGCUAGGUACAGCGAUGCUACAUUGGUCCUUCUGUUCAUGUUUUACUUCUCAUGUAGCCAAAAAUGUCCCCUCUUUCUCAUUCCCAAUACAAGCUCCUUCGUUAUUCAUGCAGUGCUGAUGGAUGUUUUCACUAGGUCAGUGCUAAGGCAAUUACUAAUCCCAAUUUAGGUAAACUAUGUUACCUUGCUACUGUAGUUGUUGAAAUGCUGAAUGUUGCCAUCAGUCUUUGUAGGGAAUAGCUUGGUUUCAAUACUUGUUUUGUCAAUUAUCCUUCCCAAAGCUCAUAUAAUGUAUAAGAACAAUUUCAUUGUACUGUGCAAUGCAAUUGGUAUAUGUUUUACCUCAGUCUAUGCAAGACGCAUUAUAAACUCCUGCACCUUCUAUGUUUCACAAAACAAAAAGUGAGAUUUUUGAAAAAAUACAAACACUGCCUUACUCGAUACCACUAAUGUUUGAUGAUAAUGUAUCAUAAGGCAUGGGUAGGUCCUAACUGGCAGUUUGUGCUACGUGCCUACAUUAUGUCAUGGCUGCAGUGCCAAGUUAACGAUAUCUACUCCAUACUGAUCCAGAUUGCUGCAGACUGUACACAUACACACAUUGGUGCCACACUUGAACCAACCUGCCAGUGGAUGUGUGUUUACAACAUCUGUGCCUGUAGUUCACAUUUCCUGGAUUUUUCAGUGACUUCCUGUUAAGUGUAUGACUAAAAUAUAUUACUUUGGCAUAAUUUCUCCAGCUUUUUCCUAAAAUGUAUUUUCUGGAUUUCAGUUUAAGCAGGCCCAUUUUGUAAUUUUACUUUUAUACAAUUUACUUACAGUGAGAUCCUUCAGACAUCAUGUGCCACAAAGCCCACAUUGUUCGGAUUGUCUCAUAUAUGGCAUUUUGGAAAUGUACAUGUGUGUAUGCAUAUCCGUGUAGUAGCCCCUAAUCAUAAACAUUUCUCGCGUGUGAGGUUUUACAUGCAUUGUGUUUCAUUCUGUUUGGUCCUUCAUUCCAAGCACUUUACGCUGUCUUUAAUGGGAUCUAUUUUUGCACUGGAAUACUCAUUAACGUUGCAAAAACAAGAAAGAAAAUAAAAGGUUUUACAAUAUAUUAGAUAGUAAGUUAAAUUCUUCAGUUGAAAUUUCCGAGACUGAAAAUUUUGUAUUGUCAUUAACUGUUUAAGUAUUAAAAAAAAAGUAUAGACCUAGUUCUUUGUUAAUUACCUUGUAUUAUGUCACGUAAUGUAAAAUAAAAAAAUAAAAACUGUGACACCUCAUAAAUUUGUUAUACAUUUUGUGAUUUCAUGAGAGCGCAGUUUGUUCCUGUAUGCGUCAAUAUAAAUGCUAUGUAAUGAUCUGUCCCCAUACCAGUAGAUUAAAUGUCACUAUUUCCAGA